AUGUUGGCUUCUGCAGUGGACUUGCUCACUCAGGCUGCUUCCAAUUCUCUGCUUGUUUUCUGCUUCUGCAAUUUGAUUAUAGUCAUGAUCGUCAUGGGGUCGAAACCGGGCUCUUACUUUGAUCAAGAAAGUGAAAUUCCAGUCUCAAUGGUCACUAGCGGCUACAAGUACAACAGAAACAACUCAAAUUGUAAACAAGUUGAUGAUGCUAAAUGUAAGCAGGAGGAGGGUACUACGGUGAAUCCAUCAGAUACUGUUUUCAGCCAAGUUUCAUCAAAUGCCGAUAAAGAACUUGCCACUGCCAGUGAUGAAAAGGACAGCAUCAUCAGCCAUCACAAUGACAGCAAGAAGUGCGACAAUGAUGAUGAGCUGAGAAGAAGAGCGGAAGAGUUUAUUGAAAAAAUGAACAAAGGAUGGAGGGCAGAGUUGUCGAGACCUUCACAUUUAAUCUAA